GUCCCAGCGGCCAGGUUUUCCUCCCGAGUAGCUUCUGUACAGUUCAAGUUCAGGCGCCCAGCGCAGGCCCCCAGGGGCCGAAGACGAUCAGAGGCCCCCGUCGUGGUUUUGCCACGGUGCGAGCACGUCUGUGAGCUUUGAGACAGCCGAGGCGCCGCCCCGGAUCCCGUGCUUCAUGCGCCGCAUCGCGGAGUGCAACGACGGGGCGCACUUGGCCGCUCAGGCGCGGCCGCUGGUGAUCGGAGGCCAGGAGCUGGGGCUCGUGCUGCCGCGGGCGGCGGACGAGCUGGCGCGCUUCCCGGAGGUCUUCGCCGUGGGCGACGGGGCCGUGAGGCUCGCGCCGCGCCUGGAGGGCGCCGCCGUGGAGGCGCGCAGCGAGGCGGUCGCGGGCGUGCUCGAGCAGCUCCGCUCGAGCGGCCGGGUGCCCAUGCUCGAGGGCUGGAGGGACGAGGGGUGGCCCGUGAAGGCCGCGUUCGACACGCCGGUGGAGCUGGUCGUGGAGCGCGCGGCGGGGCCUCUGCUCGGCGUGCGGGGCUACGGGUGCCACGUGAACGGCCUCGUGGCGGACCGCGGCGGGGGCGCGGGCGGCUGGAGGCUCUGGGUCGCCCGGCGCGCAGCCACCAAGCAGACCUACCCUGGGAAGCUGGACCACGUCGUGGCCGGGGGGCUCUCGCACGGCGAGCGCCCAGGCGACAACGUGGUCAAGGAGUGCGGGGAGGAGGCCAGCAUCCCGCCGGAGCUCGCCAAGCAGGCAGCUCCCGUCGGCAUCGUCGAGUACGCCCAGGUGGACGAGACUGGCUGGGGCGUGAAGCGGGACGUCAUCUUCUGCUACGACCUCAUCUUGCCGGAGAGUUUCGUCCCAGCCGCCUCGGAUGGCGAGGUGGAGUCCUUCGAGCUGUGGAGUAUUGCCAAGGUGAUAGAGUCCAUCGCGGAUGUGAACGACCACUGGAAGCCCAACGUCGCCCUCGUUAUCAUCGACAUGCUUGUGCGACGCGGGCUCAUCGCGCCUGAUGAGCCAGGCUAUGUGGGCUUGGUGCGCGCGCUUCGCGACGGGCUACAGUGAGUGUCACUCAA